AUGGAUGACAGCAAAAUAAACACUUCCGACGUCAAUGUCGCCGCCCAGGACAGCUCACUUCCAAAAUUUGAGGCGCACACCGAAGGUGAAGUCCGAGAAACUGUAUUGCUCCGAGACUUCAACCUCUGGAGCACGCUGGGAAUUGGUUUCUCCUACAUUGCAACACCAUUAUCCGUCGGAACCUAUCUGGCUUUCAGCCUUUCGGCGGGUGGAAGCCCGUACUUUUUCUAUGGAUAUGUUGUAUGUUUCGUAUUCCAGACCUUGGUCGUCUUGAGUUUGGCCGAGAUUGCUGGAUUUCUACCUCAUACCUCAGGCAGGCAGCCCAAACCGACGUUCCACGGGAGCUGUACUGAUUCUUCACCAGGUCAAAUCUUCUGGACGUCACAGCUGGCGCCCCCGGCAUAUGCUCGCCCGCUGAGCUAUUUCACCGGGGCAUUCACCAUGAUGGCUUGGACCUUCUGGACAGCAGCGACGUUUCUGUUCACUGCGCAGCUCGUCUUGGCUUUUGUCCAAGUCUGUGGUGCGACGUGGGAUCAAGAAGACUACCAAGUCUUCCUUUUGUACGUCGCCUGCAGUGUCUACGGAUUUUUCAUGAACACAUGGGGCUUCAAAAUCAUGCCUUUCAUGUCCAAGGUCAUGAUCGGCUACGUCAACCUUGGCGCUCUGUUUAUCUUGAUCGCCCUGCUGGCCAGGGCCACGCCCAAACCGUCCGCAAGACAAGUCUUUGUCGACAUUGUCAACGAGACCGGAUGGUCGUCAGAUGGAAUGGUGUUUUUCCUUGCUCUAUUGCCAGGACUGACGGCUCUCAAUGGAUUUGACUCGGCCGCACACAUGUCAGAUGAAGUGCCCCAUCCAGCAAAGCAAAUUCCUCGAGUCAUGGUGGGCCUAGUUCUCCUCUGCGGUUUCGCCGGCCUCCCGAUGGUGAUUGCUGUUUUGUUCUCCGUCACAAACCCCGACAACCUCCUGACUUCGGCCCAACCAAUCUUUCAACUCUUCCACGACAGCAUGAGAUCUUUGCCUCUGGCGAUUCUCUCAUGUCUCAUCUAUCUGGGUCUGUUCUUUUUCGCCUGCGGCUCCAUUGUAACGACACUGAGCCGCGUGUGGUGGUCCUUUUCUCGAAUGGGGUCGCUCCCGUGGGCACAAUGGCAGGGCCACCUCACUCCAGGAUGGCUGCUUCCAGUUAACUCGAUCAUCGUCGUUUCCAUCCUCGAAGUCUUCAUCGGACUGCUCAUCUUUGGCCCCACGACAGUAUUGUACGGCAUCACCGGAAGUGCAGCCGUCUGCUUCUUUUUUUCCUACAUGAUCCCGAUCGUCUGCUUGCUGAUCAAGGGCCGAAAGUCGCUCCCAAAGAGCAGAUACUUCAACCUUGGACGACUUGGACCCGUCAUCAACAUUAUCAGUCUGGCCUGGGCCGCCCUGGUGACUGUCUUUCUAUGUUUCCCCACCUAUUAUCCGGUCACGACGACUUCCAUGAACUACGCUUCAGCUGCGGUCGCAGUGGGUUUGUUUCUGUUCGCUCUGAUGUGGAUCUUCCAUGCUCGGAAGCACUAUGUCGUGCCUGGUGCGUUGUUGUCGUCUGAAUAUCACGAAGACCAUCAGGGGGCUACCGUGGUUAGUUAUUCUGAGAUCCCAGACUAG